AUGGUUCUAGAUGCAUCGACACAGACGAAUGUGUGGCUCAUUAUUGUUGGCAAAGUUAUCAAGAUUGGUUAUAAAGGGGCUAUUGAUUGUACAUUUGUGUGCGUGUUUUACAAGAUUAAAUUCAAAGUAUUCGAUGCACCUUUUGGACUUGCUGGUGUUUCAAUUUAUCGAUUGAACUAUAAUUUGCCUUACAUAUGUGCCGAUUUUUAUUGGGUUCAUAUCAGAAAUUCUUCAAUGAUUGAUAGAGACCACUUGCGACCUCUGGUACGAUUUCCUUUUGAACUCUCCAUCAUCUUUGCCCUUAACAUCGGUACGAAAGACAAUGCUAGGUAG